UCCCUCCUCGCUCCCUCUCUCCGCCCGGCGCCGGGGCAGCUCCCAGCGGAGCGCGGGGGACAUGGAGCGGACCUGAGGCGGUGGCGGAGCCCGCAGAGGCGGAACCGGCGGCAGAACCGGCACCGGCACCGGGGCGGGACCGGCACCGACAUCGGCGGCACCGGCAGCUCCGGGGCUCAGCGCGGCGGAGCUGAUGUCCAUGAGGAGCCCCGUCUCUCCACCCCCAGAGCUGGAUGGAGCGGGCACCAUGGUGAACUGCGCCGUCAAGACCGAGGAGAAGAAGGAGGGCGGCCCCGAGACCCCCCCGGGGGCUGCCCCCAGCGCCGAGCCCCGGCCCCACGACCCCCCGGGACCACCUCCCAGGGAUGGCACCGACCCCCAGGCUCUGCCACAGGAAUCCACCGGGGACGUCCCCGAGCCCCGGCGCUCCGCCUUCGAGCCGGCCGGGAGCGGCCAGGAGAAGCUGGACUUCAACAGGAACCUGAAGGAAGUGAUGCCAACCAUCGAGAAGCUGCUGGCCAGUGACUGGAAGGAGCGGCUGCUGGGCAGGAACACGGCUGAAUCCAAGGAAGUGAAAGGAACCCAGGAGAGCCUGGCGGAGAAGGAGCUGCAGCUGCUGGUAAUGAUCAACCAGCUGUCCACGCUGCGGGACCAGCUGCUGACGGCGCACUCGGAGCAGAAGAACAUGGCCACCAUGCUCUUCGAGAAGCAGCAGCAGCAGAUGGAGCUGGCACGGCAGCAGCAGGAGCAGAUCGCCAAGCAGCAGCAGCAGCUCAUCCAGCAGCAGCACAAGAUCAACCUCCUCCAGCAGCAGAUCCAGCAGGUCAACAUGCCCUACGUGAUGAUCCCCGCCUUCACCCCCGGGCACCAGCCGCUGCCGGUCAGCCCCGAGUCCCAGCUGGCGCUGCCCAUCCAGCCCAUCCCCUGCAAACCGGGUGAGUCGGGGCUGGCCCGGCCCUGCGCGGUGGCCUUGUCCCCCAGCCGCGUCCCUGUUGUCCCCAAGCGCUGUCCCUCUGCUCCCGCAGUGGAUUACCCGGUGCAGCUCCUGCACAGCCCCCCUCCUGCCACGCUGAAGAGACCCGCGGGCCCGGGCCACCUCCCGAUGCAGGAGACCUCGCAGCCGCUGAACCUGACGGCCAAGCCCAAAGGCCCCGAGCUGCCCAGCGCCUCCAGCUCGCCCAGUCUGAAGAUGAGCGGCUGCCAGGCGCUGCCACCCAGCCACGGCGCCGGCAGGGAGCUGCAGAGCAGCCCCUCCAACCUCCCGCUGGGAUUCCUGGGAGAGGGCGAUGCCAUCACCAAAGCCAUCCACGACGCGCGGCAGCUGCUGCACGGCCACGGCGCCGCCAUGGAGGGGUCCCUGAGCAGCCCCUACCGCAAGGAGCCCGUUGGGAUUGACUCCUCCCCGGUGAAGGAGCGCAUGGAGGAGACCCCCGGCCACCGGCUGGACGAGGCUCUGCUGAGCUGCGAGAUGGACGGCUCCCGGCACUUCCCGGAGUCCAGGAACAACAACCACAUCAAGCGGCCCAUGAACGCCUUCAUGGUGUGGGCCAAGGACGAGCGCAGGAAGAUCCUGCAGGCCUUCCCAGACAUGCACAACUCCAGCAUCAGCAAGAUCCUGGGAUCCCGCUGGAAGUCCAUGUCCAACCAGGAGAAGCAGCCCUACUACGAGGAGCAGGCGCGGCUGAGCCGGCAGCACCUGGAGAAGUACCCGGACUACAAAUACAAACCGCGGCCCAAGCGCACCUGCAUCGUGGAGGGCAAGCGGCUGCGCGUGGGAGAGUACAAGGCGCUGAUGAGGAACCGGCGCCAGGACGCCAGGCAGGGCUACUUGAUAGGGCCGCAGGGCAGCCAGGUGCCCCCCAGCUCCUCGGACGUGCUGUACCCGCGGCCGGUGGGCGUGCAGCUGCCCCCGCCCCUCCUGGAGCAUUACCUGCCCCGCGGCGUGGACCCCACCAUGCCCGUCAUCGUCAACACGCGCAGCCUCAAGGACGGGGACGCCGGUGACGAUGGGCACUCGGUGCCCGAGGGGGACAUGUACCGCUACAGCGAGGACGAGGACUCGGAGGGCGAGGACAAGAGCGACGGCGAGCUGGUGGUGCUGACGGACUGAGGGGGACAGGGGACAGCCGAGGGCGUGGCAGGGCUGGCUGCCACCUCCGGCAGGGCACGGCGUGUCCUGGUGGGAUGGCACUCUGCCACAGCGGAGCUGCCCACCUCUAGAAGGGUCCCACGAGGGUGGGCACCAGGGAUUUUGGGUGGCAAGGACUGGCUUGGCCUUGCUUUGGUGGCACGUGGAGCCUGGAGAUUUGGUGACGCUGUGGCUGCUGCGUUGUCACCCCUGAGGGGACCUGAGGCUGCGGGGAACCUCCAGAGCAUCUCCAGCCCUGCGGCACCUGCGGCUCCUGGAGAGCCUCACCCGCUGCGCUGCUGGGCACGGGAUGAGGACACAGGAUGGGGACACAGGGCAGGGACACACUCGUCCCUGCUCUAUCCCGGUGUGACCUCCCCUCCGCGCUUCCCGCUCGCUCUUUGGCGCCUGCCAGCGAAUUCCCACCGAGCCAAUUUUAGCUCCAGCCUGGCCCCGGCCCCGGCCAAGGGCUCCUCGGGGCCCUUUGUGCUGCCGGCAGCUCUGGCCCACUUUGGGAAUAAAGCGGGGGCUGUUCCUGCCCUGCCAGCCCCCAGCCGGGGGGGGACGUGCCCGCCUGUGCCCGGGCACAGGGCCCUGCAGCCCGGGCUGCACCUGAGCCCUGCGGGGCGGGAGGGAGGGAAGGGAGCGGCUGAGGGGAAGGAAUUGUGAGGAAAAAUGAGCGUGGGGUGGUCAGAGCCUGGGGCAGGGGCUGGGGUGUGCCUGGGCAUGGGGGUGGCCAGGUGGGUUAGGGGUGGCCAGGUGUGUGUGACUUGGCCAGGUGGGUGGCAGUGCCCAGGUGAGUGUGCAGUGUGUGCCAUGUCCAGGUGUGUGUGCCAGUGCCUGUGUGUGUGUGUGCUAU